AUGGAGCGAAGGGAACGAGCCGAUACGGAACGUGGUUCUCGUCAUCCCGACGAGUCGACAGUUCAUUAUGGCUUAUCUGUUACCUCAAAAACGAAAAGCUGUACCUUAGAGAGUCCAAUGUCCAACCCUGCAGAUGGAGCCUUCUUGCUCUCACGUAACCUAAAGGUGCACAUGGGUACUCACAUGUGGACCAGCACUAGUCGCAGGGGCAGAAGAAUAUUCGACUCGUCGGUGGCAGCUUUACCUUCUCUGGUUACUUCGGCUUUCGGGUUGCCAGCUGUAAGCUCACACGAUGCCUUCGAAAGCUUUGCCGACCGCACGGACAUGAACCGUAGGCGCAGCUUCAAGGACGCUAAAGACGCUCCUUUCAAGGACGGUCAGUUGGUGUCAGCCAAAAUUGGUGCGUCUGAAACAAAGUCGUCUUUCGUGGACAAACGUGAUACCGAUGACAAAAUGAAAUCCGAUCACGAGCGUCAAGUAUCAUCAAGCAGCGGCGAAGAGUUGCCGACCCGUGUUGCGAACGGUACCAGAAUUGUGUCCAGUUGCUCGGCGAAUCAGUUUCUGUCUGCACUUUCGUGUUCAAACGCGUUCUCUCUGAACGGUGGCCAACAGUCUAACUCACUGUCCACUACCCCGGCCGAAGCGUUCAACUUCCAGACGUUGUUUUCGUCGGACUACACGUCGUUAACGCUGUCGAAUUACGGUAACACGGUCGGCUCGAUGAACCCGUUCACGAACGUGUCGAAUGGUCACAGCCCGUCGAACAUGCAGGCGAUGCUGUGGAUGUGGAGGAACGUUUGUUCGGUUUGCCAUAAGGUUUUCGGUUCACAGAGCGAACUCGAAGACCACCUAAAAGGUCACCUUGUUCAUAGCACGUCCAAUAAGCAGACUACUGUACAGAAUGCUACUUGA